AUGGGUCCAGGGGGACUACGGGCCUAUGCAACACCAGCAUGGUCUUUCGAUGGCUCCAUAAUCUCUAUACUGACCGAACCUCCCUUCCUAGAGAAUCCAAGCCAUGUCUUGAAUGAAGAUGGUAUGAAGUCCUGCAGCGUCUCAUGCCCCGGAUACGGACGCUUGAAAGGAGUCUCCCGCAUCGUAUAUCAUACCAGACCUCGCGUCUUCGGAUGCGUGCUGACUCGCGGUGGAAAAGCAUCGCCGCAACACACCUGGAAAUUGGAAGGGCAGUUCAAUGACGGCCAAGAGCCACACGAUAAUUCUAUUCGCGAUCUGCGUCAAAAAAUGUCUGCUAUCGCAGAGACAUGUUGGGGCGAGGUUGUGUGGAGGAAAGUAGAACAGCAAGGUCAGCUGAUUCAAUUCCCUCUAUGGGUUGCCGCUCGGAAGAGGAGCUCGAUGGUUUGCCGAAAACAGUCCAGAAGAUGGACGAUAGAAGAAUCAUCUCGCCUCAUCAUCCCACGACUAAAAUGCGAGGGCUGCAAGGGGGAAAGAUUGAAAUCUCAGACCAGUGGAGAAUUGGGCAACCGUCAAUUCAACAGAACUGUCAAAGUUCUGGACCAACGUCACAAGUUAAAUUUUUGACAUCAGGGACGAUCCCAUAGUGGGACAUAGCUUCUUAGGAAAGCAGACUUUUCUACUAUGAAGGUGGUGCUAAGGAGACUCAGGCAAAAAAACAUUUCGGGGAUGUACAAGCGACUGAUCCAAGCCGGAAGAGGAAGAGACCUCUGUAACACACAGAUGAUCGAGAAUGAUAUAUAUACG